GUCGGAAUAAGAGCCACCAGCACGCGCUAAGGGUUCUGUCGGAGUGACGGAGGCGAGGAGCCAGACACAGGGCCUUAGCAUGGGGUGAAGAGGACUAUCCCCUGCUGACCUAAAUGCAGAUGACCAGUGAUGGCCACAGAAUCACCUCUACAUUUGUUGGAUGACCUCAUAAACACAGGACAACAACAGCAGGAACAGCAGCAGGAAUUCCUGAUUUCGCUGGAGUCGAUUAUUCUCACCAUAUUUCUCUCCAUUAUUAUUAUAAUGACAGUGUGUGGCAAUCUGCUAGUCAUGGUGGCACUGUGCAAGGACAGACAUCUACGAAAGAAGAAGACAAACUACUUCAUUGUGUCUCUUGCGUUUGCUGACUUGCUGGUUGCAUUGUUGGUGAUGCCAUUCGCUGCCAUUGAGCUGAUUACCGGCGAGUGGCGAUACGGAGAGAUCUUCUGCCUGGUGCGAACAUCUCUGGAUGUCCUGUUGACUACAGCGUCCAUCCUGCACCUCUGCUGCAUUGCGCUUGACAGGUACUACGCUAUCUGCUGCCAGCCUCUGGUCUACAGACACAAGAUGACCCCGGUCAGAGUGGCAGUGAUGCUCAGCGGCUGUUGGUUCAUCCCCAUAUUCAUCUCCUUUCUACCCAUAAUGCAAAGCUGGAACGCUAUCGGCAUCGAGGACAUUAUUGAGGAGAGAAAAGGCUUGGCUGGAGCCUCCAAUGACACAAGUUGUGUGUUUCUGGUGAACAUGCCGUAUGCCCUGAUCUGCUCUGCAGUGGCCUUUUAUGUCCCGUUGGCCCUUAUGGUCCUGGCCUACCAGCAGAUCUACGUCACCGCCAUGACUCAUGUACGGCAGAUUGAGACACUACAGCGAGCCGGCUCUGCCCCUGUGAGUGGACCGACUCCGAUGAUCACAGUGAGGUCCUCCACUUCCUCAGACCCUACAGAUCACUACCGCCUCAGGACAACAAGGGCCCUCUCCCCUUCAGAGCAGGCCCCCAUAGCAAAUAGCCGCAUGCGCAUUGAGACCAAGGCCGCAAAGACGCUGGCCGUUAUAAUGGGUUGUUUCUGUCUGUGUUGGGCACCGUUCUUCAUCACCAACGUAGUGGACCCCUUCAUCCAUUACUCAGUGCCCUGGCAGCUAUGGACAGCCUGGCUGUGGCUCGGGUACAUUAACUCAGGGUUGAACCCCUUCCUGUACGCCUUUCUGAACCGGGCGUUUCGGAGAGCCUUUCUGGUGAUCCUCUGCUGUGGGGAUGAGCGGUACUCACGACAGGGGAGCUGCUCCUAUGGACAGGUCCAGAGAGCGUGCUCUGCUGCAUCGGUCAACGGAACGUCAAUGGCACUAAGAUUGUCCUUUCUGCCAAACCGGAGCUACAGUGACAAUGGGCGAACGAUACUGGCCAACGAGCAGUCCCAGGACUCUGUUGGGACUCUAUGAGUAAAAAAGCAGCCAACUACGACCUGUUUAUAAGGAGGUGGUCUCACGUGGAUAUGAACUCUAGGAUCAGCAUCCUCAUAUGACUUUUUUUUAAAACAUGUUGAUGCUGUCCGGGACUAGAGGCAAUACUAGUCAUCAGAAAAGUGCAGAUCUGACUUUUGGUGAAAUAUCGGAGCAUUUUGGUGCCAGAACAAAAGGGACAGUUGAAGAGUAAAUGUGUCCAUGGAACAAAACACACUGCCAAUAUGUUCCCCGGUCCUCAAUCUAAAACCUAAAAGAACUGUUGAAAUUCUGCGAUUGGAAACAUGAGGGCAACGGUCCAGAAAAACUGCAGCAGACUACAAGCAAAGCUCUGGCUAACACAACUGCUUUUUAACCUCUAUGAUAAUGCUCAUACAGGUGUCUUUAGGUGUCUUUAGAUUACAUUUUAUUGAGCAGUAGUUUGUAUUCUUGUAUUUUACCAGCACCGACGGCACUCUGAAACUGCUGAAUGUAAUGUCCAAAGUUUUUAUUUAUUUUCUUCGUUUCAUAUCCCAUGCUGAAGUAGCAGAGAAUCAAUGACGUCCCAGUAGUUUGUGAUGAAAUAAAGCAUGUAUCAAAAUGGUUGUAUCAUUGUUGACCCUCGUGGCGAAACACUGAUCUGAUCAUUUCAAGGCAUUUAAAUUAUUGUUGCACUUUCCUCUGUAGGUUGAAAGUCUUAAAUGUGUUGCAUCUCUGUCCGGGAUCAGUCAAAUGUUGGUAGUACAUCACUGCAGCGGGUUGGAAAGCUUGGUUGCCAGUAUUAAAUCACUCCUCCUGCAUGAAGCUAAAUUGACAAGUUUGUUAAGUUAUUAAAUUAUUAAGACUUGGUAUUACAGCACUGAAAAAACAUACAAGAAAUACAACCGAACAUUAAAACAAUUGUGGAUUUUAAGAAAACAGUCAUUUCUUUUUUGAAAAGUUGCUGAAUCUGGCUCAAGCCAAGGUGAAUAUAAAAGACUGAUGUCAAUGGAGUAAAGAAUCUCGGGCUAACUGGGUUUUAAAUUAAAUUGUAUUUGACCACUAGGGGGCAGUAUUCACUCUCCUGAGCUCGGAUCUGGCCCUGUUUUGUCCAAGGUAAGGAAAAAACAAAAACAAUGAAUAAAAAGUGUCCAAAAGCACUAAAUACAGACAAAGUGUAUCUAAUUAUGUACAGAUUUAUAGACAAAGAUACUUAGACCUGCAGUGUUGGGAGAUACUCUUUUAGUUUUGGCAGCACUGGUGACCUUUUAAACUUACUCAGAGCCAUUUACUCAAAGGUAUUUCAAAAUGCCCUUAUAACACAGCUUUCCUCUGAUGUUUGAAGCUCAGUUUAAAUAUCUGAACCGUUCUGUCUCCCUCUGGCUGUCUAUCGCAACACGUUCAUGAGAUCGACACACAGAGGUGUGAUACUGCAGCAGCCUCCACUCUCACAUUUUAAUUUCAAUUUCUCAAUGCAUCUCUGCCUCAGAAAACAACAUUAAACUCACCAUCUUUCCUUUUUAUUUUUAAUGCACAACCUCCAGGCUUCAGAGAUGUUGAUGUGACCGGUGUCUUGUUACAAUGUGACAACUUUUAAUAGUCCACUGCCCUGUAUUUCAUCUUUGUUCCAUGCAAUGGAGAUGAUGAAUAAACAGAGAAUUUGA